CCCAUUGUCUUCAUUUCCUUGGGAUUGAAACCCGUGAUGGUGAGUUCCUCAGAGAAGUGAAAGUGGCCGAGAGGGAUCCUGUAAUUCCUGUUAUCAGCCAGCUUUAAAAGUCAGUGAGCCAGGCGUUGUCUUCAUUCAGCCUGAAGUCCCAGGAGUACAAAGAUGUCCCUGCACCCAGCUUCUCCACGCCUGGCCUCCCUGCUGGUCCUCAUCCUUGCCCUCCAUGGUGCCCUGACUCUGAGGCUCUGCUCCUUCAACGUGAGGUCCUUUGGAGAGAGCAAGAAGGGAAACCAUGAAGCCAUGGAUAUCAUCGUGAAGAUCAUCAAGCGCUGUGACCUCAUACUUCUGAUGGAAAUCAAGGACAGCGGCAACAACAUCUGUCCUAUGCUGAUGGAGAAGCUGAACGGAAAUUCACGAAGAAGCACAACAUACAACUAUGUGAUUAGUUCUCGACUUGGAAGAAACACGUACAAAGAACAGUAUGCCUUCCUCUACAAGGAGAAGCUGGUGUCUGUGAAGGCAAAAUACCAGUACCAUGACUAUCAGGAUGGAGACACAGACGUGUUUUCCAGAGAGCCCUUUGUGGUUUGGUUCCAUUCACCCUUCACUGCUGUCAAGGACUUCGUGAUUGUUCCCUUGCACACAACUCCCGAGACCUCCGUUAAAGAGAUAGAUGAGCUGGCUGAUGUCUUCGCGGAUGUGAAAAGCCGAUGGCAGGCAGAGAAUUUCAUCUUCAUGGGUGAUUUCAACGCCGGCUGCAGCUAUGUCCCUAAGAAAGCCUGGCAGAACAUCCGUUUGAGGACGGACCCCAACUUUGUUUGGCUGAUUGGGGACCAAGAGGACACCACGGUCAAGAAGAGCACCAGCUGUGCCUACGACAGGAUUGUGCUUUGUGGACAAGAGAUAGUCAACUCCGUGGUUCCCCGUUCCAAUGGCGUCUUUGACUUUCAGAAAGCUUAUGAGUUGUCUGAAGAGGAGGCCCUGGAUGUCAGUGACCACUUUCCAGUUGAGUUUAAGCUACAGUCUUCAAGGGCCUUCACCAACAACAGAAAAUCUGUUUCUCUAAAGAAGAGAAAAAAAGGCAAUCGCUCCUAGGUAUCAUGCUGUCAUUUUUUGGGAAGCCAUUCCUUGCUUCCAAAUAAAAUGGCUCUCAUAGGUCUAAGCUAUCUGCACGCUCAGGAAUUAAGACUGGCCAAGCUACUUUCAUUGUCCACUUGAGCUAAUUUUGCCUGGAACCAAGUUGGGAGGAGAGUCUUCUGUGAUA